AUGAUAAAAUCAAGGAAGCAAUAUAAUGUGAUUAUUUUAUAUUUUAUAAGAGUACAAAGAAGAAAAUUUUUUAGUUUUAUGAAAUAUAAAUAUGGGCAAGAAGGAAUUGUGGAGAAAGAAUAUGGAAAUGAUAUGUAUAAGAAAAUAAAAAUACAUAAAAAAAAUGUAAAUAUAAAAAGUGAUAGUGAUAUAUAUCCUUGUGGAAAUAAAUGUUUAAGUCCUAUAUAUUAUAAUAAUAUAUAUGAUUGUAGAAAUAAAUAUAAUAAUCGUAUAUAUCUUUGUAAUAAUAAAUAUUUUAGUCAUAAAUGUAAUAGUCGGGCUUAUAAAAAGUCUGUAUUUUAUGAAGAAGUUAAUGAGAAGAAUAAUUGUGAGAAUAAUUUAAACUUAUUAAAUAUCAUAAAAAAUAGUAAUAUUGAAAAAUUCAAUAUCUAUGACUGUACCCUUUUUUUAAAUUAUUUUAUUAAAAAUAAAAAAAAUAAAGAAUUUGAUAAAGAAUUAAAAGAUAGAAAUAAAAUAAAAUUAUCAUCUUCAUUAUAUAAAGAAUCAAAUGAUAAAAUUCUAAAGAAUAUAUUAAAUUUCGAACCACAAAAUAUAUUUUUUUUCUUUAAUAAAUAUGCAGAAUUAAGAGAUAGAAAUAGCAUAGAAAUAUUAUUUGGAAAUAUCAUACAUAACCAUUUAAAUUAUUUUUCUUUAUAUUAUUUAACGGAUAUUAUAUAUAAUAUUGCAAUUCUUAAUUGUAAUUUUAAAAAUAAUCAAGACAAUCUAUAUCAAUUUUUAAAUUAUAUAAUAUUUAAUGUUAUAAAAGAAAAUAAAAAUAUUAAACACUUUGAAAAAAAAGUAACCAAUAAAUUAAAAAUUUCAUUUGAUAUUAUACGUAAUGAUGAUAAAAAAAAAAAACCUAUUUAUAUUAAAAGUAUUGAAAAUAAUAAAGAAAAGAAAAAAAACGCAAAAGGAAACUUUUUACAAAAUAAAGGAAAUGAUAAUGAUACAUACAUAGUUGUAACACCCAAAAAUGGUAGCCCCUACAUGAACGAACAGAUCAAAAAUAAAAACAUCAAAAAUAACAACAUCAACAAUAAUAAUAAUAAUAAUUAUUAUUAUAAUAGUAAUUGUAUUAUGAUGAAUGGAUCCUUUAGAGAAAACGAUAUAUAUAAUAUUGACCUUAAAAACAGUAAAUUUGAUCAUAAUAAUAAUUUGAAAAACAAAAUAAAAUCUUCUUGUAAUAAUAAUGAGGAUAAUAACAAAUCCAAAUUUAGUAUUAAUACAUUAUCAAAUAUUAUGUUAUAUAAAUUAAUAUAUAGUCUUGCAAAGAUUAAACAUAACGAGCCAUAUAUUAAAGAAUUAUUCAUUUUAUUAAUUCCUUAUAUUAGGUAUUUAAUUCAAAAUAAAAAUUAUAUAUAUUCAAAAGAUAGAAAUGAUGUUCUUGUAAAAAUUAUUUGGUCUUUUGCCUUCUUAAAAAUAAGAGAUAUUCAUUUAUUUGUAGACUUCUCUAUAAGUAUACAACUAAUACUAUAUGAUUUAAAAUUAGAAUAUCUCAAAAUAAUUAAAAAGAUUUAUGAAAAUUUAUUAAUAUUUGAUGAAACAUUACUAGAUAAACUAGAUGCCAGAAUUAAUCAAAUCGAAGAAAAUGCUCCUGAACAAUUUUCUUACCCAAGGAAAAAGCAAUUCAAAAAAAAAAAAAAAAGAAUUCACAUUGGAGAUGAAAUUAAAUUUGACAAGGAAAAGAAAUAG